AGAGAGGGGGAGAGAGAAAAAAAAACAGCCACUGAAAUUCGAACUCACUGAGCAUGCUCGGUCUGAAACUGCGCGAAAGCAACCAACAGAGGGAGCCGGUGGGUCACAUGACCGGAGCUGGGUGAAUGUGCAUGCGGGGAGGAGAAGGGAAGAGGAACAAUCUGUUCGAGACUCCUUCUCUCCUUUCUCUUCAAUGGAAGCCAUCAAGGGAAAGCCCUCAGGUUUGGCCAAGGCCGUCCUGGGGAGGGGUGAUUCCAUGAAGACUGAUGUGAUGAAGGAACCUCUCUGCAUUAAAGAGGGGGGUAACGAUGACGUGGCAGUGGACAAGAAAGGACAUGCCCUCAAGAACGAGAAGGAGGUGAACGGAAUCUGUGAAAGGCUGGAGCUUGGAAAGGGCCACCAAAGCUCUGGGCCCCAUCUCCCUCAGGACAGCAAGGCGGGGAGGCAGUCGGAGUGCGGCCCGCGGGCGCGCAUCAGCGAGAACGGGCUACCGGAAAACGAGGCGCCCCACGGCUCCGUAACUGGUAGCAACGGCUUCGUUUUGGCCAAGCAGCAGCCAGAAGGGGGCACCCCACACAGGACUAGUGGGUCACCCAUAGGUGGCGCUUUAGUGGGACACGCCGCCAAAACACUGCCCCCGUCCUCGGCACGGGCCAGGAAUGUGGGAUCCGUAAAGACUGAUGGAGGUGCGGGGAUGGGUGUGGCCACAGACGGCCGGGCGGAGUCAGAGACUAAAAAUGGCACGAGCCAGGACCCUCCGCCAGUGACUAUACACCGGGCUCGUAAAACCAUGGCUAGACCAGCCUCCAACCAGCCAACACUAAAGCUUCUAAACAGGGAAUCUCAAGAACCAAAUGGUGCAAAAGAUGAGACUCGGAGUGGAUUGGAGGCGGGGAAGCCCCCCCCAGCCCUACCCCCUCAACCUCAGCUACCUCAGAGCCAAAGCGACGCACCGGCGCCCCCCAGCAAGCCUCAGCCCGCAGCCACCGGAGUCUCCCGGAAAAAGAAGAGGAAGAUGGGAACGUACAGUCUCGUUCCCAAGAAGAAAACCAAAGUACUGAAGCAGCGCUCCGUGCUGGAUCUGUUCAAGGACCUGUCGCGGAAGGCCAUCCAGACCCAGCAGAAAGGACUCCGAGUGAAUGGCGAGAGCGUGGAAAACGAGUCUGAGGAGGAGUCUGAGGAGGGCGAGGAUUCCGAGGAAGAGGACGAGCAGGUCGGCGACGAGGCCGGCGCCGUUUCCCGAGAGGAGCCGAGAACUCCCGACGCCGCUCUCCAGGUCGGUCUGCUCGGAGAAAAGGCUGCAGGCUCCUCGUUUGAGGAUUGUGGGCCGGACCAGCUUGUAGGAGAACAGGAAUCUGAGGAAUCUGGUGACGACGAAGGAGAGGAGGAGGGCAAUGACUCAGACCUGAGCUCAGAGUCCAGCCUAAAAAAAAGAAUGAAAAAGAAAAUGAAGGGAGACAAGCCUUGGCUGCAAACAUCCAGGAAACGUAAAAGAAAGAAGCAGUUGAAGGCCGAGGGCCUCCCAGGUAAUGAGACGGAGGUCCAGUCACAGAUAAACACCAGUAAGGAAUACACGGAGGUGCCUCUGGUCUCCUUGAACCUUGAAGUCCAGGAGGAGUUUCUUGUGUCCCAGCAAUCAGGUCUGCCUGGAGGUCCAGGGGGGGUGGAGACAGACCUGGUGCAGGAACUGCCCCUGUGCAGCUGCCGAAUGGAGACGCCAAAGAGUCGAGAGAUCCUCACGCUGGCUAACAGGAAGUGCAUGGCUACGGAGAGCGUGGAUGGGCAGCUAAGUCGCUGUCAGAGCAGUGUGACAAAACACGAGAUGAUGCGGCCCUCCAACACGGUACAGCUCCUGGUUCUGUGCGAGGACCAUCGGGCCGGCAUGGUCAAGCACCAGUGCUGCCCCGGUUGUGGCUUCUUCUGCCGGGCGGGGACCUUUAUGGAGUGCCAGCCGGACAGCAACAUCUCUCACCGCUUCCAUCGGGCCUGUGCCUCCGUGCUGAAGGGUCAGACCUUCUGCCCGCACUGUGGCGAGGAUGCGGGCAAGGCCAAGGAAGUAACUAUUGCCAAGGCUGACACGACCUCCAUGGUACCCCUCUCCCCAGGCCCGAAGAUGCCCACUGUGUCGGAGGGCAAGGCCGACACCACCACUGGGGGUCUAGCUCAUGUGCCCAGGUCUAUCGACCACCGAGCAGACAGCUCUUUGCCAAGAACCCCAGAAAUGUCUGACACUCAGUCACCUGGGUCCAAGGCUGCCGUGGCCAUGGGGCUGGGGGUCGGAUCCGCGCCGGCGCCAGGACCACCCAAAGAGACGCUAGAGAGCGUACUCCUUGCUUUGGAUGCAGAGAAGCCUAAGAAACUGAGAUUCCACCCAAAGCAGCUGUAUAUUUCAGCCAAACAAGGGGAACUCCAGAAGGUCCUACUAAUGCUAGUGGAUGGAAUAGACCCCAACUACAAGAUGGAGAGCCAGAGCAAACGCACACCCCUGCAUGUAGCUGCUGAAGCAGGACAUCAGGAAGUCUGUCACCUGCUUGUGCAGGCUGGUGCAAACCUUGACAUGUGUGACGACGACCAGAGAACGCCUCUCAUGGAUGCCUGUGAGAACAACCACUUGGAGACAGUCCGGUAUCUUCUCAGGGCUGGUGCCAUCGUCAGCCACAAGGAUGUGGAAGGCUCCACCUGUCUGCACCUGGCUGCUAAAAUAGGACACUAUGACAUUGUACAACACCUGCUGGAUACCUGCUCCAUAGAUAUCAACUGUCAGGAUGACGGUGGGUGGACAGCUGUGAUCUGGGCCACGGAGUACAAGCACGUGGACCAGGUGAAGCUGCUGCUCUCCAGGGGAGCUGACAUUAACAUCAGAGACAAGGAGGAGAACAUCUGCCUGCACUGGGCGGCCUUCUCUGGCUGCGUGGAAAUCGCCGAGCUCCUGCUGGGCGCGAGGUGCGAUCUCCAUGCCGUCAACAUGCACGGCGACUCACCCCUUCAUAUUGCCGCACGGGAGGACCGGCUGGACUGCGUGACCCCCUCCCACCUAAAUACUUGUAGACUCUUCCUGUCACGCGGUGCCAACGUGAACCUUAAGAACCGCGAAGGGGAGACCCCGCUGGAGUGCUGUAGUCACAACUCCAAAGUAUGGAGCACCCUUCAGACCAACCGGAAGCUGAAGGAAGCCGCAGGAACCCAGGCGCUGCAGGAGGAGAAGGUCCUCAACAGGGACAUUGCACGUGGCUACGAGAAGGUCCCUGUUCCGUGUGUGAAUGGGGUGGAUGCGGAGCCCUGUCCUGACAACUAUAAAUACGUCCCUGUCAACUGCGUCACUUCACCCAUGAACAUCGACAAGAACAUCACUCACUUGCAGUACUGUGUGUGCAAAGAUGACUGCUCCUCCACCACCUGCAUGUGUGGGCAGCUCAGCCUGCGCUGCUGGUACGACAAGGAGGGACGUCUCCUUCCAGAGUUCUGCCGCGAGGAGCCACCGCUCAUCUUCGAGUGCAAUCAUGCCUGCUCGUGCUGGAGGACCUGCAAGAAUCGUGUUGUUCAGAAUGGCCUGAGGAUGCGGCUACAGCUCUUCCGGACAGCAAAGACUGGUUGGGGAGUUCGAGCCCUUCAGGACGUCCCCCAGGGAACUUUUGUCUGCGAGUACGUGGGCGAGAUCAUCACUGACGCCGAAGCAGAUGUCAGGGAGAAUGACUCGUACCUCUUCAAUCUGGACAACAAGGUGGGAGACGUGUACUGCAUCGAUGCCCGCUUCUAUGGCAACAUCAGCCGGUUCAUCAACCACAUGUGCGAGCCCAACCUGUUCCCCGUCCGCGUCUUCACCACGCACCAGGACCUCCGCUUCCCCCACAUCGCCUUCUUUGCCAGCAAGAACAUCAGCGCUGGCGAUGAGAUCGGGUUCGACUACGGCGACCACUUCUGGGAGAUCAAGGGCAAGCAGUUCAGCUGCCAGUGUGGCUCGUUGGCAUGCCGGCACUCGGCGGCCGCCCUUGCCCAGAGGCAGGCGGACAGCACGCCUGGGGGGCAGCAACCCAGCGCCCUCCCUGACACCAGCUCCUCCACCACACCCUCCAGCCCCUGCUGAAUCGCACCCCUCCGAUCCCACCCUGCGGCCCGAGCACCACCCACACCAGCACAAAACUCCGCCCCUUUCUGCGGGACUCCGCCCCUUUCUGUGGGACUCCGCACUCACUCCACCUUGCCAUUGUAACCGAGACUCAUCGGGUGCAGUGGAACCCAUCGCCCUCCAGGCUUUUGGCGCUGCCCACCCCCCCCACCCUACGCCACCCCACUGAAUGGAACCCUAAAGACUGGAUGUUUGCCAACUUUCCCAACAAAGAUUUUGAUAGUUUCCAUGACGUGGCGAGAGAAGGCCGUCUAGUAUCGUAUUGCUUCCCUGUGCAAUAUGGGUCAAAGUGGACAGAUUUUCAGGGUUUUGUACUUGAACGUAUUUCCUUGGGUAGCGGUUUUUAAAGGGGAGUUGAUCAUUUCAUGAGGGUAGUGUAAGGUUUUCAGUCUUUCCUGGCAGGAAUCUGUAGCAUUUGAUUGGGCCAUAACUUCAUAACCUUUCUCUGUUGCAAGGAAAAGUGAGAUUUCUGAUAGGAAAUAUUCACACCCAGGUAUUCCUUUGAGGAAAAUACUGACGUAUAAAUCAGGGCUUUUUGGUUCCUUGAUGGCCACUGGUUUAAUUUCUCACAGUUUAAUUGGACCAAUAAGUAGUUAAUUGUCAUGUUCCCCCUCACUCAUUUAUAUCCAAUAAACAAAAUGAGAUUCGUAAUUUUUUUUUAGGGAUGUGGUCAUGAACCUUGAACCAUGAAUCUACUGCCACUAGAUAUUUGAGGCAGUAGGUUAAGGAGCUGUGUGUUCCCAUUGGCCCUCUGGAAUUCUGACAUCUCUCGAAGAAGGCAAACUGCUCAUGACAGCCAUUUUAAAAGCAAAUGUCCUUUGUUAGAUUUAAUUAUUAGGUUAAUUGUUUUUUAGUUACAUUUAGUAAGAACUCAUGCAGCCUGUAAUGUUGUGGGGGUGGGGGUCAUGGUUUUGUAGAGACUGUAGUGCCCUCGUUGUCGGAGCAUGGUGGAGGCUGUUCUAGCUGAGCUUUAGAGCAGAUCUGGGCGCCCACCAUCACACUCGGGCUAAAGCCACCCCCCGUCCCCGUCCCCCCCCAGGGAAAGCGACCGUGGCCAGCAGGCAUGGAGGACCUAUCUCAUCAGCGCGAGACUCCAGGAGGAUUGCCAAAAGACGUGGAAGACAUGACUGCACUAGAUUUCAUACCUUUUUAAAAAUGUCUGUACCAAUCAAACAAAGAGAAGCAUGUUUUGUGAGGAAAACUUACUCAGCCAAGAGUAAUUGAACAUCUUUUUUUCUUUGUCGGGUGGUGGGAAAAACAAGCCGGUCAGAACUCACUGAGGAAAACUGAAAAUGGUGCUGAUAUUUUUUUUUAUUAUUAUUUUGUAUUACUCACCAAGUGAAUACAACUUGUAAAAUAAGAUGUGGAAAAGAUUGUGGAUUUGUUUUUUUUCACAUUUAAUUUUACCUCCAGUUUUCUUACUGUAGUAACUAGUUAGCCUAUCAACUGUUUCAUAAUUCUAUGUUGACUGUAAAAGUAUGCAUAAUUCUGUCAUUUUAAAUGUGGUUAGUAUGGUUAGUAUAUUGUAGAAUCUUGUGCUACUUCCCACCUAUGGCUUAAAGCAAAAAAAAAAUUAAGACUUGCAUAUUUCUUGACAGUGAAAUAUGAUGCUCGGUCUAACUGGCUGUAUCCUUUUUCAAUAAAAUUACUACUAAUAAAUCAGAUUUAUUUACAAAACAA